AUGGGAGGGGGCGGGUCGCCGAUGGAAGGGAGAGGGUCCUUCCAGUCGCAGUCUCCGCAGCAGCGGCGCUCGCCCCGGACCUUCCAGCCUCGGUCGCCGGUGACCUCCCAGCCUCGGUCGCCGGGGACCUCCCAGCCGCACGCGAACUGGGUGAUGACGCUGGAGCCGGCUGUGCACGUCCCGGGUGGGCCUUUCCAGCCGCUGCCGGAACAUGUUCUUCAGCGGCCUUUUGCGGAGUCGCCGGUGCGGUACCGCGAGGGUCCUUUGGAGUACGAGGGUGCCGUUUUCUGCCCGUGCGGACAGAGGAUGGCAAGAUUCAUUUCGUGGGGUUGUUUCCCGGGGAGGAGGUUCUACAGUUGCAUGGUUGCCAGAAAUGGUUGUGGAUUAUCGGAAUGGUAUGAUCCUCCCUUUUCUCAGUAUGUCACGAAUUUGGUCGGUGACUUGCGAGAUCGUGUGCUGGAAUUGCGAGCAAGAGUGCAGGCCUUGGAAGAAGAGGUUGCUGAAUACAAUGAGAAGAAACAAGAACUUCAGGACACUUUGGUGGAUUUGGUGAAGAACAUGAGCGUGAACUGA